GCAGCAGCGGCUGCCAGUCGCGCUGCCAGUUCUUCCCGCACGCUUUGUCGCCGGCGGGUCGAAAGGGGCGUGCGCCGGAGGAGGCGACGCCGGCCUCACAUUUUUACCCAGGCCUCGAGCCCGGCCGCCAGCACCCGUCCCUCCGUCGGCCGGCCCGUGUCUGCUUUCUCCAGCCUCCGUCGUUCCCGGCUCGAACUGGAGUGUGUCCCUAGCUGAUGCUGAAUAAAUCUCAACAUGGUGGUUGAAACCUUAGGCCUGGGAAGCUCCUCAGCAUGGCUGCUGGCACUACUGGGAACUUUCACAGUGACUGUUCUUGGGAUAGCACACAAACUGGGGCUGAUUUAUCAUUUCUGGCAUCAGGUGGACCCUAAAAGUACUCGGCAUGGUGGGGAGACAGUGGCAGAGGUGCUGAAAGCUCAUGGUGUGCGCUACUUGUUCACGCUGGUGGGUGGACACAUCUCCCCCAUUUUGGUGGCCAGUGAGAAACUGGGCAUUCGUGUUGUGGAUACAAGGCAUGAGGCGACUGCUGUAUUUGCAGCAGAUGCAGUGGCCAGGCUCUCAGGAAUAGUGGGAGUUGCUGCAGUGACAGCAGGGCCUGGAGUAACAAAUACAGUGACAGCUGUGAAAAAUGCCCAGAUGGCAGAGUCUCCUGUGUUGCUGAUUGGAGGGGCAACAGCCACAUUGCAGAAGGGCCGAGGAGCUCUCCAAGAUAUUGACCAAUUAUCUCUAUUCAAGCCACUCUGCAAAUUCUGUGUUUCAGUGAAGACUGUCAGAGAUAUUGCUCCGGUGCUGCGAAAAGCAAUUGCUGUUGCCCAGUGUAACACUCCAGGCCCUGUGUUUGUGGAGUUUCCUUUGGAUGUUCUGUAUCCUUAUCAUUUGGUUGAGAGAGAGCUAUUUAGGAAUGCUCCUUCCAAGAGCCUGAAAGGAAAGGCGAUGAACUGGUAUCUGUGCAGUUAUCUGAGAAACCUGUUUGCUGGAGCAUGGGAAGUACAAGACUUUUCACCCUUACCAGUGAAAAUGCCAGAAGCCACAGAGGCACAGGUGCAGCAGUGUGUGGAGCUCAUCAGCAGGGCUAGAAAGCCAAUCAUACUGCUCGGCAGUCAAGUGACCCUUCCUCCAAUCUCAGCAGACAAGCUCAGAGAAGCUUUAGAAGAACUGGGGAUUCCAUGCUUCCUGGGAGGCAUGGCCCGUGGCAUGCUGGGAAAGAAUAGUCCACUACACAUUCGUCAGAACCGGCGUGAGGCACUCAAGGAGGCAGAUGUGGUUAUUCUGGCAGGCACAGUCUGUGAUUUCCGCCUGUCAUAUGGGCGUGCCUUGAGUAAGUGCAGCAAAAUCAUUGCUGUCAACAGGAAUCGGGAGCAACUGUUUAAAAAUGCACAUAUUCACUGGACACCCUAUAUAACCAUAAAUGGGGAUGCUGCAUUGUUCCUCGUGUUCUUAAGCCAAAAGCUGAAAGGCUACUCAUGUCCUCAGGAUUGGGUAAUGAGUCUGAAGGAGUCUGACCACAGGAAGGAGAAAGCAAACAGAGAGAAGGCAGAAGAACCAACAGAGCAGCAUCUUAACCCUCUGAAGCUCUUGCAUCAUGUAGAUUACUUGCUUCCUGAAGACAGUCUACUAGUUGCAGAUGGAGGUGACUUUGUAGCAAGCGCUGCCUAUAUUAUGAAGCCAAGGGGUCCUCUGUCUUGGCUGGAUCCAGGGGCUUUUGGAACGUUGGGAGUUGGGGGUGGAUUUGCCUUAGGAGCCAAACUCUGCAGGCCAGACUCAGAGGUAUGGAUCUUAUAUGGAGAUGGCUCUCUUGGAUUCAGCAUCAUGGAAUUUGAUACUUUUGUGCGACACAAGACCCCUGUUAUUGCCCUUGUGGGGAAUGAUGCCUGCUGGACUCAAAUCUCCCGGGAGCAACUUCCUUUGUUGGGUAGCAAUGUCGCCUGUGCUCUGGAUUAUUUAGAUUACCAUGUGGUGGCGGAAGGCUUAGGAGGGAAAGGUUUCCUGCUCACACGCCAGAAUGAGGACCAAAUGGAUGACCUCAUCCGGACAGCACAAUCCAAAUGCAGGAGUGGACAACCCAUCCUUCUCAAUGCACUGAUUGGGAAAACAACCUUCCGUGAAGGCUCUAUUUCUAUCUAGGAACUAGGCUGUAGCUGCAGUACCUGGGGUCUGCAUAGGGAGUAGCAAACCUCUGUUUCGCAUGAAGGCACCGGCUCUGUUGAAUUGCCCUUAAGUUAGGGGUUGGGUCACCCAGAGAGCCAGAAUCACUAGCUGGUAAGUUUCUUGAGGCCUUCUGGUAAUGCCCAUUUUCUCUACUGUCUCACUUUGCUUCAGCCCACUGCUUUUGUUGGCUAAAUCACUUUAAUGUGGUGGCUCUUCCCUUUUUGUUAACAUGGUGUGUUUAACUUGGUAACACUCACUGAUUGAUCUUGACCUGCCACAGUCAGAAAACAUGAAUAGCUCAAACAGAAAAGGCACUGGAAGGUAAGGAAGAAAUAUUAAGACGCUGAAAUUUAAUUAUUUCUUUUUGCAUUGUGGCAAAAAUCUGUUUCUCAGGAGAAUAUGAAAUACUAGAAAGUAUAUUCAUAAAAAUAGAAUGAUAGUGCAAAUAUAAUCCAAAUCAAAAUACUUUGUGGUAAAUAGUAAUACAAAUGUCUGACCAUAUAUUCAAAGAAAUAUAUUAAAGCUAUUAAGUUGUAACUUAAAAUAUGUCAAAUUACUUUUUGAAGAAGUUUACCUGAAAAAAUUUAAAUGUAAUUGUCAAAGCAGGUUAAAUGAACAAAAUAAUCAGUUUUGUUUUCUCAUUUGAAUUAUUAUUUAUUAAAUCUAUGUGAGUAAAUAUAUUUAUGAUUUUAAGUUUUUUUUAAAAAUGGAUAACAGACAAGAUUUGAGUUAGUGAUUGUGUUAGACAUUUCUUGUUACAUAUAUUUUGCAUAUUUUGAAGUUUUGUAGCUGUUAAUGUCCAAAGUAUUUUGAGAACUUGCUCAACUGAAAUAAUUUAAUAUGCAACUUGAUAUUAGAUUAUAUUCGUAGUUUAUCUGGAUUCUAUUAAUUAUAUAUAUAUAUUUGCAGUGCGCUUUAGGACUUUAUUCAAUAUGAAUUGGACAUCAAAUAAAAUCCAAUUUAACAUCUGUA